AUGACUCAUUUGCGGAGACAGCGCUCGCUUCCGUCAUUCGCGGGGCCGCGCAUUGCCUUGCUCAUAGUAGCCGUAGCGCACGUCGUCGCGGCGGGUCCACUUGCGACGCUCCGUCGCGUGGAAAUCGUCUCAGGCGAUACAGCCGCUGUGGCUGUAGCCAGCCAUCGCCGGAGUGCGCUAAACACAGCAGUCGUCACGUUGUCGCCGCCGCCACCCGUAGCGCCUUCGACUUCUGGUAAACCCUUGGCGCCGCCGGCCGCACCGCAACCUCCCGGCUCCAGCGGGAACGCGUCGGCAAGCGAGUACGGCCCGGAGUUCCCGCCGACGUACGACCAACGGCUGGCGUUGGCGGAGCUGCGGGUGGCGAUGGACCCGGAGGGCUUGGAGCUGGAGUCGUGGGACUCGGACGUCGGCUGGCCCUUCUGGAUGGGCGUCCAAUGCGACCAGUGGAACCAAGUCAUCAAACUGUCGCUGAGCGGCAACGAGCUGACGGGCAGCAUCCCCGAAGGCAUCUCGCACCUCACCGCGCUGCAGCACCUGGACGUGAGGGGCAAUGUGCUGCAGGGGUCGCUGGUGGGGGACAUCGGCCGCCUCUCCGCCCUCACCUACCUGGACCUGUCCAACAACCGCAUCAACGGCUCGCUGCCUCACUCGCUCUCCAACCUCACCGCCCUGCGCCACCUCGACCUGCAUCAUAAUCCCAUCAGCGGCGCGCUGCCCUCCUCCAUUGCCGCCCUCUCGCUGCUCACUCGACUCGAUCUACACGAUGUUGACUUCACGCCCGCCCCGCUGCCGCCCUCUCUUGGCGCCCUCUCCUCCCUCCACUACCUCGACCUGGCAUACACGCACCUCACCGGCCCGCUGCCCGCCUCCAUCGCCAACCUCUCCGCCCUCAACUUCCUCUCGGUGGACGGCAACGCCCUCACGGGCUCCAUCGACAUCUUCCCUCCCAACUCCUCCCUGCAAGCCAUUCUAGCGGGGCACAACCAGCUGGAGGGGGCGGUGCCGGACGUGGCGCUGCAUCCGCGCCUGCGCCUGCUGUCACUGCACGACAACAACCUCACGGGCCCCGUGCCCGCCGCCGACCUCAACUCCUCCACCACCACCGUCGUCCUGGCGGGCAACCCGCUAUGCACGUCAUCGCGCUACUACAGCACGUGCAAUGUGUGGCAGCAGCGCCGCCUCUGCACGCUGCCGUGCAGCAGCAGCGGCGAGAGCCCGAGCCCGGUGGAGUACGUGCGGUCGCAGGAGUGCGUGUGCGCGCUGCCCGUGGUGGUGCGGCUGUUCCUGCAGAACCCCUCCUACACGCUCUUCAACUCGGAAUACGCCGACCGCUUUCAGCGCGAUGUCGAAGCACAGCUCAAUCUGCAGGAGGGGCAGGCGUGGUUGGACAGUGUGAGUCAGCGCGAGGACAACCUGGAGGUCGCCACACUGCGCAUCUACUCUGCCAAGGUGGAGGUGCCAUGGACGGAGGAGCAGAGGGGGCAGCUGUAUGCGGCGUUGGGGCGCCUCACGCGCCUUAGUGCCAUCUUUGGAGGCGUCACGUUCGAUGGCCCGCCACCCCCACCAGUGCCCAGCCCGCCACCGCCCCCGCCCACGCUCGCAGUCACCACUGAAAGCAAGAGCACAUUCCCGGUGUGGGCCAUAGUGGUCACGGCCGUGGGGCUGCUGUGCUUCGCCGCCUCGCUGCUGCUGCUGCUCUGGCUGCGCCACCAACGCAGACGCCAGAUGCUCCGGCCCAGCAAGUCGAAGCUGACAAUGCGCCUGCAGGAGCAGUUUGUGCGCCCCAUCGCGCUGGCGGAGAUCGAGGCGGCCACGGACGGCUUCUCGGAGGCGCGGCUGCUGGGCGUGGGCGGGUACGGGUCCGUGUACCGCGGGGACGGGCUCAACGGCGAGCAGUGGGCCGUCAAGCGUGCCACAGUCACCACCGUGCAGUCCAUGGGCGUCUUUCAGAACGAGGUGGACGUGAUAUCGGCCAUGAGCCACCGCAACCUGAUAGCGCUGCUGGGGUACUGCGAGGACAAGGGCGAGCAGAUCCUUGUCUACGAGUUCGCCGCUAACGGCACCCUCUCCGCCCACCUGCGCCCGCCCGCCGACAAGCCGACGGCGCCGCUGACGCUGCAGCAGCGGGUGGAGGUGGCGCUGGGGGCGGCGCAGGGGCUGUUCUACCUGCACUCGUUCGCGCGCCCGCCCGUCAUCCACCGCGACGUCAAGUCCGGCAACAUCCUGCUCGACCAAGACAUGCAGGCGAAGGUGGCGGAUUUUGGGCUGCUGAAGGCGUCCAAGGGCGAGGGCGUGGCGCACAGCACGCAGGUGGCGGGCACGCCGGGGUACCUGGACCCCGAGUACUACUCCGCCUUCAAGGUCACCGCCAAGAGCGACGUGUACAGCUUCGGCGUGGUGCUGCUGGAGAUCCUGACGGGGCUGCCGCCCAUCUUUGAGAGCCUCGACGCCAAUGAGUCCACCGACGGCGAGCGCCAGAUGACCAGCCUGGCCAGAUGGUGUGCACCGUACGUGCAGACGGGCAAUGUGGCCAAGAUAGUGGACCCGCGGCUGGGUGCGGACUGCCCGGUGGACACCGUCAAGGCCAUGGCGGAGGUGGCCAUGGCGUGCGUGCAGCGCCACAGCAAGAACCGCCCCGACACGGGCGAGGUGGUGCGGCGUCUGGGGGACAUCCUUGCGCGCCUCACGGGCGACGAGAGCGCCGCCACGCUGGGCCACCUGCGGUCGCAGAGCUCGAAUGUGGGCGCCGUUGCCAUUCCCGAGGACGGCGAGAUUGAUCCCAACAUUGCGCUGGUUAACAACUAUGGGCGCAUCAGCUCGCCCGGUGACGACAUACAGAUAGCGAUGGCGAAAAUGACGCACAAGCCGACAUCCUUGGCGGGAUGCUGUAACGCCAGCUCAGAUGCUGCUGAUGCUGGCGCGGAUGCUGACUUCUUUGAAGGAGAAGACGAGGACGACGACUUCUAUCGCCUCGAUGACGACGAUGUGCCUUUGUUGAAGAGGAAGCUGCGUCUUCAUCUGCGCGGCACCACUAAACGCACAAGGGUGGUGCUCUCAGACGACGACAUCCCUGUGGAGGAGCCUCAACACCGCCUCAGUGCUGCUGAGAAGGGGAAGAUGAAGAUUGUUGAAGGCCCAUCCAAUGAAUACCGUCGCCGUCGCACGUGGAAGGCGAAGAAAAAGAACGAUGGAUCAUCGGUUUCCAGCAAGGGUGCGAAGAAGAAGAAGACCGCCCAGGGCACGGAUUACAUCGUCGUCAACGAGAUGCACGUGAGCAACGAUGAGUAUGCCACGGCUGCACGACCACUUCCCUCUUUCCCUGAGAACGCGAAGCCUAAAGACCUCACACUUCGUAACGCUGAUUCCCGUCCUCCAUCCCCACGCAGUCGCGGUGAGAAACGGACUAGGCGCUCUUGGAGCGUGCGUGAGAAGAUGAGGUGGGCGCGACGCUACAAGGAGCCCAGCUCCCUCAAGAAGACAUUAUUUGAAUCCUCUGCCUCCGUUGCGUGCAUUCGACGAUGGGCUGCGCAGACGGAUUCGGGUGCGUAG